AAAAGGCAAAAAGACAAACAAAAAACGAAAAAAGAAAACCAACAAAAACAAAAAAAAAAGACAAACGACAAACGCAAAAACGCAAAAAGACAAAAGACAAAAGACAAACGACAAACGCAAAAAGACAAACGACAAAAGCAAAAAGACAAACGACAAACGCAAAAAGACAACGACGAACGCAAAAAACCGACGAACGCAAAAACGAACCGCACGACGAACCCGAAAAAGACGAACGAACGCAAAAAGACGACGACGCAAAAAGACGACGAACGCAAAAAAAACGACGAACGCAAAAAAGACGACGAACGCAAAAAGACGACGAACGCAAAAAGACGAACGCAAAAAGACGACGAACGCAAAAAGACGACGAACAGCUAG